CAAUCAUCGAGGUUUGAUCUUCUCAGGUUUAUAAAUGGCAACAUAUGCUAGAAGAACAUACGGGUUCGGGAGAGCUGACGAGGCGUCUCAUCCGGACUCCAUUAGAGCCACUUUGGCCGAGUUUGUUUCCACUUUCGUCUUCGUCUUUGCUGGAGAAGGCUCCAUCCUUGCUCUAGACAAGUUGUACUGGGACACUGCAGCUCACACGGGGACAGACACGCCGGGAGGGCUAGUAUUGGUGGCGUUAGCUCAUGCAUUGGCCCUGUUUGCUGCUAUUUCGGCGGCCAUCAAUGUCUCAGGUGGUCACGUGAACCCGGCCGUCACUUUUGCUGCUCUAGUAGGAGGCAGGCUCUCAGUGAUCCGAGCUAUCUACUAUUGGAUUGCUCAGCUUCUUGGUGCUAUCCUCGCUUGUCUCUUGUUGAGGCUUGCCACUAAUGGCUCGAGACCAAUAGGUUUCCAUGUAGCGUCUGGAGUGAGUGAGCUUCAUGGGCUAUUGAUGGAGAUCAUCCUUACGUUUGCCUUGGUUUACGUCUUCUACUCAACUGUAAUCGACCCAAAGAGAGGGAGUAUUGGGAUCAUAGCGCCGUUAGCCAUAGGGCUUAUAGUCGGGGCAAACAUGUUGGUAGGAGGACCAUUCGAAGGCGCAUCAAUGAAUCCGGCUAGAGCCUUUGGUCCAUCAUUAGUGGGAUGGAGAUGGCAUAACCACUGGAUCUAUUGGGUUGGGCCCUUCAUUGGCGGUGCACUCGCCGCACUUAUCUAUGAGUACAUGAUCAUACCGAGCGUGAACGAACCUCCUCGCCACAGUACACACCAACCAUUGGCUCCAGAAGAUUACUAGACCGGACCAAGCUACAUGUGGAAGGUUCUCUCUUUGUAUCAAUAAUCUCUGUUUUGCUUGUGUUGUUUGUCUCUUUGUUUUUUUUUAUAUGUAUAAUUGAGUCAAGAACAGUACCUGUUUUCUUGUAAUUUACCAAAAUAAAAAUAAAGGAUCAAAAAAUGGAGGCAUUAAUGGUUUU